UCCCGUCCAUUCCACUUGACGGGAAAUAAAAAUAAUACGCACAAGAGAGGAGGCGAGAGGCGUGCUCUGUGCCCGUGCUGCUCUGUAAAUUUUGUUGAAGGAAUUAAGUAUGUAUAUCUAGUGCUUUGAAGACACCGAACCGAAUCCCUGUUCAGAACACUCGGCAGUGCAGACGCUUCCCCGCGCAGGACCAUCCUUUGGGAGCGGCCUUCGCGUCUUCUCCCAAGUUCUCAAAGGGUGCGCCAUUGCAGAUGCGACAAUCGCCGGCUGUCAGACAGUGAUCCGCCCUCGCUCUCCAGACAUGCACAAGAGCAGUUCAGGAAAACCCCAGGAAGGCGGACACCGCGGCAGCCACCGCAAGGGAGACAGCGACUGGUUGUGUCCGGACGCCGACUGCGCCAAUUGGAAUUUUGCAUGGAGGACUUCGUGCAAUCGGUGCGGCGGCACCAAGCCCCCUGGCGAAGACGCGUCCUCCAGUAGUAACAGUUCAAAGAAGAAACUGGGACAUGAAAUUGGCAAGGCCAUGGCAGAGAAGAGCAAGGGACUCUUCAGUGCCGACGACUGGCAGUGCAGCAAGUGUGGAAACGUGAACUGGGCAAGGCGGCACCAGUGCAACGUCUGUAACGCGCCAAGAUACGGAGAGGUUGAAGAGCGAACCGGAUUCGGAGGAGGCUUCAACGACCGAGGUGUGGUUGAGUACAAAGAGAGGAAAGAAGAAUCUGACGACGAGUGGGAUGAAUUUGGACGGCGCAAAAAGAAAAAUAGCGCGUCAAGCUCUUCCGCAGACCGAAAACGGUCUUACUCAAGUGAUGACGACAGGAAACCAAGCAACAGAAAAAAGAGAAGAAACUCAAGCAGUAGCAGCAGCAGUUCUGAGAGUGAACACGAAAAGAAGCGUUCCAAAAAGAAAGAGUCAGACGAUGAAGAGGAAGAUAGUGAUGACGGUGAUCUUUCCAAGUACGACCUCACCGGUUGGGGAGAUGACGAUGAGAGCAGCAAGAAGUAAUACAUAUUUAUGAUACCAUGCUGCAGUCAUACCAAGUAAUAAUGCAUUUCUGCCAACUAGAAUAUCUUUUAAGCUUGCAUUGCAAUAAUGCAAUACAAUCUUGUAAAACAGAUUCGCAGCAAUUGAUGCUGUUUCCAUACAGCCCUGAUCGUCUUCUCCUUAUAAUUGAUGUGCACAUAUUGAUGUGUGAAUGAAUUGAAAGAAUGACCGAGGCCACUUUUGGCUCUAGAAAUAUAACUUUUACUCUGCUACAUGAACUAUGUAAUGUUGAAAACGUGCUUUUGUAGUGGAAAUUAAAGUACCAAAAUCUCGCAAAUUUCAUCAAGUUAAAA